GGAGCCCGGGCACUGGGCAUGCUCAGAAGCCAGGGCUGGCUUGGGGCUCAAGUGGGAAGCUUCUGCACUCGGGAGGCGGCCGCGGCGACUUUGGGGAAAGUUGAUCGGAGCGGGGAAGCGGCCCCGAGACGCGGAGCAGCGGCAGGCAGGAGCCCCCGGCAGCCCGGAGGAGCAUGGGCACCCUGCGGGAUUUACAGUACGCGCUCCAGGAGAAGAUCGAGGAGCUGCGGCAGCGGGAUGCCCUCAUCGAUGAGCUGGAGCUGGAGUUGGAUCAGAAGGACGAACUGAUCCAGAAGCUGCAGAACGAGCUGGACAAGUACCGCUCGGUGAUCCGGCCGGCCACCCAGCAGGCGCAGAAGCAGAGCGCCAGCACCUUGCAGGGCGAGCCGCGCACCAAGAGACAGGCGAUCUCCGCUGAGCCCACUGCCUUCGACAUCCAGGACCUCAGCCAUGUGACCCUGCCCUUCUACCCGAAGAGCCCACAGUCUAAGGAUCUCAUAAAGGAGGCCAUCCUUGACAAUGAUUUUAUGAAAAACUUGGAACUGUCACAGAUCCAGGAGAUUGUGGACUGUAUGUACCCGGUGGAGUACGGCAAAGACAGUUGCAUCAUCAAGGAAGGCGAUGUGGGAUCCCUGGUAUAUGUCAUGGAAGAUGGGAAGGUCGAAGUGACGAAAGAAGGCGUGAAGCUGUGCACCAUGGGUCCAGGAAAGGUGUUUGGAGAGUUGGCCAUUCUCUACAACUGUACUCGGACAGCGACCGUCAAAACUCUUGUCAACGUGAAACUCUGGGCCAUUGAUCGGCAAUGUUUUCAAACAAUAAUGAUGAGAACAGGACUCAUCAAGCAUACCGAGUAUAUGGAGUUUUUAAAAAGCGUUCCAACAUUCCAGAGCCUCCCUGAAGAGAUCCUCAGUAAGCUCGCCGACGUCCUUGAAGAGACCCACUAUGAAAAUGGGGAAUAUAUUAUCAGGCAAGGCGCAAGAGGAGACACCUUCUUUAUCAUCAGCAAAGGAAAGGUGAAUGUCACUCGUGAAGACUCACCAAGCGAAGACCCAGUUUUCCUUCGAACUUUAGGAAAAGGUGAUUGGUUUGGAGAGAAAGCCUUGCAGGGGGAAGACGUGAGGACAGCGAAUGUCAUCGCGGCAGAAGCUGUCACCUGCCUGGUGAUCGACAGAGACUCUUUCAAGCAUUUGAUUGGUGGAUUGGAUGAUGUUUCUAAUAAAGCUUACGAGGACGCAGAAGCUAAAGCAAAAUAUGAAGCUGAAGCUGCCUUCUUCGCCAACCUGAAGCUGUCUGAUUUCAACAUCAUUGACACCCUGGGAGUUGGAGGUUUCGGACGCGUAGAGCUGGUCCAGUUGAAAAGUGAAGAAACCAAAACGUUUGCUAUGAAGAUCCUCAAGAAACGGCACAUCGUGGACACCAGACAGCAGGAGCACAUCCGAUCGGAGAAGCAGAUCAUGCAGGGAGCACACUCCGACUUCAUCGUCAGACUAUACAGAACAUUCAAGGACAGCAAAUAUCUGUACAUGUUGAUGGAGGCUUGCCUAGGUGGAGAACUCUGGACCAUACUCAGGGAUAGAGGUUCAUUCGAAGAUUCUACAACCCGGUUUUACACAGCAUGUGUGGUGGAAGCGUUUGCCUACCUGCAUUCCAAAGGGAUCAUUUACAGGGACCUCAAGCCAGAGAACCUCAUCCUGGAUCACAGAGGUUACGCCAAACUGGUUGAUUUUGGCUUUGCAAAGAAAAUAGGAUUUGGAAAGAAGACAUGGACUUUUUGUGGAACUCCAGAGUAUGUCGCCCCCGAGAUCAUCCUGAACAAAGGUCAUGACAUUUCAGCUGACUAUUGGUCCCUGGGAAUCCUCAUGUAUGAACUUCUGACUGGCAGCCCACCUUUCUCAGGCCCAGAUCCUAUGAAAACCUAUAACAUCAUAUUGAGGGGGAUUGAUAUGAUAGAAUUUCCAAAGAAGAUUGCCAAAAAUGCUGCUAACUUAAUUAAAAAACUAUGCAGGGACAAUCCAUCAGAAAGAUUAGGGAACUUGAAAAAUGGCGUGAAAGACAUUCAAAAGCACAAAUGGUUUGAGGGCUUUAAUUGGGAAGGCUUACGAAAAGGCACAUUGACACCUCCCAUAAUACCAAGUGUUGCAUCACCAACAGACACAAGCAAUUUUGACAGUUUCCCUGAGGACAGUGACGAACCACCGCCUGAUGACAACUCAGGAUGGGAUAUAGACUUCUAACAUAUUUCUCUUACCUGCUUCUGCCUUGCUGAAGACAGCUUUAUCUGAGACACAGCUGCCAGCAUACCUGAGGGAAAGGGAGAAGAUUUGCGCUCGGGGUCACCGUGAUGCCUUUGAUCGAUGCUGCUCCAGUAACUCCAGUGGCAUUAGGACUUCUUGCUUAGAUGACUAUAGCGCUCUUUACUCGUUUUCUGUUCGAAUCUAAAAUAGCAGUUGACAUGGUGGUCCUGAAGCAAAGCCUUUCACCAGUAGAGAUGUUUUCUAUCGUUGCAUUGAUCUUGCUUUGCUCUGAUUAUAGACUGUAAGAAACACUUCAAUCCAGUAAGAGUCGGUACCUGGCUAGAGUGAUCCAUCAGUUCAAAAAAUCACAUAUGGGAUAGGAUAGGUUACUGUGGUACAGAAACUGGGCUCUCCCCUUUCUUCCACUGAGUGUUGUGGGGCAUCCGACUGCUAGCCAGUGUGUACAUCAUGCAGAAGAGGACCACACAUCUGUUGGUCGUAGAGCUUCACCAUUUUUAUUUCCUAGUCGUGCUGAUGACGAGACUGAAUGUUACCCUUCCAACAGAUUUUAAAAAUUGAUACGAAAAAGCACAAUUGCUAUGGAUUCUGCUGAGAACUCUUACAGCAGGGAUGGCUGCGUUUCCACAGAGGGUUGAAAACCAUGCAUGACACUCGUUUGUUUCUUUUUGACAAAUUGGCAUGAUCGAGUGGCACACAAAGGAAUUAAUAAAACCAUUUCAUGUUCUUUAAAAUAUUGUGCUUAAAGAUGGUCCUGGAAAUAAAUGACUAGCAGCCAAUUGGUUUUAUUUGUUACCUAACAUACCCUCAAACUGAGGUUUAAAGUACUCCCUUUUAUAAAAGUAAUCCCUUGGUGGUGGGGUGGGGUGGGACAGAAUUAAGACCCAUCCAAAAAUAAACGUUCAAAUAAACAACAUAGGUGCUAUGUAUAUCUUUCAUCUGUAAAUGUCAGUGUCUGAACAGACAACACAAAACUAACCAUUUCAUGUCUAGCCAGAGACGCAAUCAUUUUCACUAAAUUUGUUAAAACAAAUUCCUGUCAGAUUCUACUUAUACAGUGUAGCCUAGGGUGGAGGGAGGAAGGUGGAUGAAAACCUGAUUGAACUAGCUUCUUGUCUUGGGCAUGAACCAAACAUAAAAUCAAAGAAAGAAAGCGCAAAGUUCAAGUAAUUCAGAUUUUCCAGGUGAGAAGUCUUCCUGAGGCAAGGUCAGGGAGUAGACAAGAACUUGGCCGGGUGCUGAUCACCUUUGUGUGAGUGAGCCAAUAUUAGUGCAUGUGCAUGUGCAAGGAAGAAAUGAGUAUGGGGAAAAUCGGGCAGGUGAUCUCUUUAAAAAUUGUUUUUUAUUGAACAUGGAGAGUAACAUCACAAUUUUGAACUUUUAUACCAGUCUGAAAAGACUAGGCUUGGAAAUACCCCAACAAUUUGCUAUUUCACAUGCGGAAAAGAAUGAACAAUUUAAACGGAAUCAUUUUUGGGCAGGGAGGUUGACUAUUAGCUGUCACAAGGAGCAGGGCCAUUGCAAAGUUUUCCUUGACAAAUAGCAUCCUAGCUUUCUAGACAAGAACAUAGCCUUAUAAGCUGUCAUCCUCAUUUGGAACUGUGCAUGAAUUUGGUGUAAUGAAUAGAGGUGUGCUCUUUCACGUUGAAGAGUUGAAACCCAAUCAAAUGUUGACCUUGCAGGAGCGUGGGGGAGUCAAAAUAGAGCCUGGCAGCAUAGCGAGAAGGUGCACACGAUCAAGUUCUUCAUCUGCGCUACUCAAGACCACUGUAGGAUGUCAUGUACUAUCAACACAUCACACUGAACACACGCACAGUAUAUGAUUACUAAAGGCAAAAACUACACUAAGACUAUAUCGUUAGAAUAAAGUUAAAUUAAUAUCUUUGAUUCUAAGAUAUCACUGCUAGUCUAGUAUAAUUGUUUCCCACUUAAGCAAUCUCUCCAAAGUGGUCUAUUUCCCCAGGAUAAUAAUUUUCUUUUACAGAUUUCAGAAUCGACAAUGAACUAUAUCAAUUGAAAAUCUAAAUUUGAAUGCUAUUUCAGAGGCUUUCUAAUCCUUCUAAAUCGGGCUUUAACAAAAUAUGUUCCCAACGUGAUAGUCAAGGUUAAUUUUUUUUUUCUUUUGUAAAUUAAAAAUAGUGUGGUUUUUGGCAUUAGAGGUUUACCUGAUCUUAAUUUCAGAAAAUCAACUCCUGCAGCCUUUCGGAUAGCCCAAACGUCCCCCGAGAGUAGCCCUCACGGUGGGCUUUGGAACUAUAGUUCAAGUGUAAGACAAGCAGGAUAUUCAAGCUCUCUUGAGAAGGAAGAAGUGGCAUUCAGCACAAUGUAACUGUGUAUUGUUUCUCCCAUUUGUUACUGCAUCUCUGUUCACCUGACACGCGGCAUAGCAUGAGACAGCUAAAGCAAUCACCCAAAAUAAAGGUGAACUACAUCUUCCAAGAAUUACUAACAGAAAACAGUCAUCUAAUUUUCAACAUUGAAUUUUAAGGAUUUAAAUCUUGUCUUAAUGAAAACACUAGGGCUAUAAAUCAUGAUCAGCUCAUAAAAUGCAUCUCACUUUAUUUCUGAAAACUCCAUAUUCCUUCCAUGUUAAGACACAAAAGGAAAUCGGUGACUUAAAAGAGUGUUAACCUGCGUGGUGUGUUAACUGACUUUCUUGUUGAUGCCUGACUAUGAACAAUGUGGGCUUUCUGUGUGUCUUGACUCACAGGAACACUGACAACUGCCAAGGAAAGGAACGUCCUAAUAUUUGCGAUGGAUUGGUUACAUUAGGAAAAAAUUCCGGAAAAUUUCUAUAAACGAGUUUAUGUUAAGAACUUCUUUCUUCUUAAGAUAUAAAUCAGGUCAAUGUGGCAUUUUGACAAAUUUAUUUUCAUUAUUCUUUACAUGUGGUAAUUUUUUACAUAAAAGUAUUGAAUAUGUAUGUGAAUUACACAUGUCUAAUAAUACAUAAACUCAACUAUUGGAUUCUUAUUUCAUUUCUAAAUGACUGAACUGAUGAUGGACUUAAGUUUUAAUAAGUCAGCUACAGUAUUGAGAACAAGGACAGGAGAGUUGAUUUCUGACUGUAGAGGUGACCUGUGCAUUAUCCAUAACAACGUUUUCUUUCACAAUAGGACCACAGACAACUAUUUAUGUAAAUAGAUAUUUUUGUGUGAUAUUUUGUGGUACAUAUAACUUUUUUUUAGAGUUUCACAGCAUUAUUCUUUCAUCUUAUUUGUAUUGGAUAAUGUUUUUAGGUCCAAGUAGACUUGAAUUAAUGUCAUUAUUGUCAGUAUUAUUGAAAAUUAUGUCAACUGUACUGUUACUCAUCUGUCCCAUAGUUUAGAACAUGACCUGCUAUCUGGCGUUGUUGCAAGUGCCUUAACUUCCUGGCAUCCUAUUAAAAAACAAAUUUGGUGUUAUGCUGCAUGACAAAGACAAACACACCUCAAAAUGUUGUCCUUUCUUAGCUUGCUGCGUUUUACAGUUCUUUCUGCUAACAAUUUAUAAGCCUUUAUUAUAUAAUACUGAUGAAUUAAUUACAGAAAUGAUGAAGUUGUUCUCUUAUUUCUGUUAAAUGUACCAGAGCUGUGUAUCUGUUAAUGAGAUACAGCAUCAUUUCUGUGAAAUGUAUAAAUGUACGUGCAGGUCAAAUUAAUAUAUGACAUACUAUCAGUCUGUAUACAGGUGUUCCUGUUUUGCUAAGCUGUGCAGAUUCAGUGAAGAACAAUAGUGCAGUCGAGUUCUAACAUAGCUCAUUUUGUAGAUUCCAUGGACAAUGGUUCAACCCAAAAGGAAAAUGGGAAAAUGACUGCUAACUACACCUCGUUAUGAAACCAAUGAUGAAAAAGUACCUUGGUGCACCACUCAACAAAACAGGAUGCUUUCUCUGAGUUCUUGUAUAUGCAAAUCAUUUAGGAAGCAAGUUUUCAACAGAACUAGAAAGUCAAACAUGGAAAGUGUGUUGUUACCCUCCUCUUAACCUGCCCAUGCAUUAAACGACAGAGCUCUGAGACACUGACACACAUUGACUCAGAGAUUUGGGCUUUCCAAGUAAAGAGACAUUUCUUUAAGUAUCAUCUAUCACAUUUAUUUCAGUGUAUAAUGUUUUAAAACUGGUCAGUUCUUUUGUAUUCUUACAGCUGUGGUUGUUUGAUUGUCCUCUGAUAACUUGUCCUACUCGAAAGAGUCCUUUAUUAGAAGCAACAACUGUCAUCAAAUGGUCAUUGACCACUUGCACUCUUUUGAUGUAGAUUAAAACCUUUUUCAUAAACGUAACCUGCUUUGAUUUGCUCUGUAUUUUUCCUGCAGCUGUAAUUGCCGAGUGCCUGUUGUAUACUUUAUAGAGUUGAAAUAAAAAAAUAAUUACUUUUGAA